AUGUCGAAAACAAAAACCAAGCAAGCGCGCCGCCAAUUGAAGCGCGACGGCCAGCGCAAAAUCGCAGAGCACCAAAAGAAAACCGCAAAAGCCGCCGCCGCGAAAACCGACACACCAAUAGACGCACCCAAGCCCCAAACACCGACCGCAAAAGCGCCAAUCCAGGCUAGCCAGAAACACGAAGUCCCGUUCGGCGCAUACGAUCAUAUAUUACUAGUCGGCGAGGGGGAUUUUAGUUUUACGAGGAGUCUGGUUGAAGAACAUGGGUGCGCAAACGUAACAGCGACGUCUUUUGACAGCGAAUCCGAAGUGCUCGAGAAGUACCCUACGUUCGCGUCUACGCGGGACGCGCUUACGAGUCUCACGCCUCCCGUUCCGCUGCACCACGGCAUCGACGCGACGAAACUCAGCUCCUACAAACACCUCAAGUGCCAAAGAGAUGACGACGGAGACGACGAGGAUGCGACAAGCGGCUGGGAUACAGUCGCCUUCAUGUUUCCGCACGUCGGCGGGUUGAGCACGGAUGUGAAUCGCCAAGUACGAAGCAACCAAGCGCUGCUGGUCUCCUUCUUCAAGACCUGUCUCGAAACCAGCACGCCCAAGCAGCGCCUCAAGAUCCUCGAAGCCCAGGCCAACCGCCCGAACCUCGUGCAGCGCCGCCAACCCGAGUUUCUGAAAAUGGGCGGGAAGGUGAUGGUCGCGCUGUUCGAGGGGGAGCCGUACACGCUCUGGAAUAUCCGCGACCUCGCACGACACGCGGGUUUGAAGGUCGUCGAGAGCUGGAAGUUUGACUGGGCUCAGUACCCGGGGUACGCCCAUGUGCGGACGCUGGGCGCGCUUGAGGGAGGUGGGGGGUGGAAGGGCGAGGAUCGUGAGGCGAGGAUGUAUGUUUUUGAGAAGGUGGUGUUGGAGGCGGAUAGUGAAGAGGAGAAGGAACUUGAGAAGAUUGGGGUUAAGCUGGGGAAGAAGAGGAAGCCGGUGGUGCAGAGGAAGAGGAAGGCGGAGGAUGAGGACAGUGAUUGA